UGUGGUUCGAUGAAAGGUUGCAAGCAAAUUGUCAAAAAGAAGAAGCAAAGUGUAUUGCUGAGCAACAUGGCUGAAUACAGCCUCUCAUGGAUUUGGUUAUGAUUGACUUUGUGUGCCAACGGCAAAUCAGUAUUUUCAAGUAAUUUAAGCACAAUGUUUCGCUUACCUAUAAAUUGGUUAAAUACGUAAAUAGCUAAUAAGCGAGUGUGAUAUAUUUUUGAUAUACAUAUAUAUUAUAUUUUUGUCGAUGUGAUUGUGAUUCUGAUGUAACAAAGUUCACUUUAGAAUUUUGUUUGUCAGUUUGUUUACAUUUCAAAUUUAAUAGCAUUAACUCUUGAAAUAGCAGAGUCAGCCUAUGAGAUAAAUAUACAUAUAGUUUAUGAGCAUGAAAACGUAAUUGCACACUUGAAUAAAUAUUAGAUCAUUUUGUAAAUAAACGUUGUUAUCAGUUGUGCUGUAAGCAGAAAAUCUUAAGAUUGAGUUAAAACACGCUUCAUUUUGUAAAUGUACUUAUGAAUUAAAGUUUUUAUUGUGGAUAGAGUAAAAGGAACGGAUUAUUAUUUUUGCCCAUACUAUAGUUAUUGGAUUUGAUGAAUAGAAUUAUCUCGAUAAAUAUUUUAUCAGUAUAAGAUUAUGUAAGAUAUGAAAACUUGUAAUAUUAGGAAGAAGAAAAAAGAAUCUGAUAAGCUUGUAAAAGUGUGUAAGAAAUGACUAAUUUAUUGAAAGAUGUUCCAUUAGGUAUAAGAUUCAUUGAGUGGAUUUCUGGAAAAUGUCAGUACAGGAGAUUAGAUCGGAUGACAUGGCAUCGUGCCGGCGUAUUAGGUCUCACUUAUUUAGCAUAUACUUGUUAUCAUAUGUCUCGAAAGCCAAUCUCAGUGGUAAAAAACGUUCUUAGCUUUAAUUGUAGUGGCAUAUCACCACCACCGGAUUUGUUCAUAAAUGAUAGUAAUCGAGACACUUGGUGCGAUUGGGCUCCUUUUGAUAAACCAAAUGCUUCUGCCUUAUUGGGAACAUUGGACUCUGCAUUCUUAUUCAGUUAUGCAGCUGCUAUGUUUCUCAGUGGUUUUCUUGCCGAAAGAUUUAAUCUUCGCUAUUUCUUAGCCCUCGGUAUGCUUGGAACAGGCAUAUUUACUUACCUUUUUGGCAUCGCCAGAUCUUAUAAUAUCCAUAACUUAUGGUAUUUUAUAUUUAUUCAGGGAAUAAAUGGAAUUCUUCAAACGUCUGGCUGGCCAGGCGUGGUUACCGUUGUCGGUAAUUGGUUUGGCAAAGGUAAAAGAGGUCUGAUCUUUGGUAUCUGGAAUUCGCAUACUUCAUUAGGCAAUAUUUUGGGUAGUUUAAUCGCUGCUGAGUUUGUUGAAAAGGAUUGGGGCCUGAGUUUCAUGGUACCCGGUGUCAUAAUGGGAAUAUCUGGUUUUAUUAUAUUUCUAUUUUUGGUACCGAAUCCAUCUGAUAUUGGAUAUAUACCACCUGGACCAUAUGGUUAUAGAAAAUUAGACGUGGCUCAUAGCUCUGACGAAGGGAGCGGUAUCGAGGAUGCAGAAUCUAUUCAUAAUGAUGAUCGCCGAAUCAUCUAUCGCAACACAGGCCGUCACCAGGACGCUGUUGACUUAAUAUAUCAACGAUCUGAAACAAGCCCUAUGCUAUCUACAAAUCGCAAUACCGAAAAUUCUAGUGAGAAAGCUAUUGGAUUUCUCGGUGCAAUCAGUAUACCUGGCGUUAUCGAAUACUCUCUAUCCUUAUUUUUUGCCAAACUCGUGAGUUAUACAUUCCUGUUCUGGCUGCCGCAAUACAUCUCCAGUUCAACAACAUACAGUGCAACACUGAGCGCAGAUUUGUCAACGCUCUUUGAUGUAGGUGGGAUCAUUGGUGCAAUAAUUGCAGGAGUUUUGUCGGAUUAUUCAGGCAUGAGUGCGUUAACUUGUGCUGUAAUGUUGGCCCUCGCUUGUCCCACUUUGUUCAUAUAUGACUACAUCGGAAGUAUGAACCUAGUGGUGAACGUAUUGCUGUUGAUGCUGGCGGGACUCCUGGUAAACGGUCCGUAUGCUCUGAUAACGACGGCCGUCUCCGCGGAACUUGGGACGCAUCCAAGUCUCGGCGUUGACUCGAAAGCGCUCGCGACUGUCGCGGCAAUCAUCGACGGGACGGGCAGCAUCGGGGCAGCCGUUGGUCCCCUCCUCGCGGGUUUUGUCUCCAGUCAAGGCAACCUCAAAAAUGGUUGGCACAAUGUCUACUACGUACUCGUUGCAUCAGAGAUUUUGGCCUUAGUGCUACUAUCGAAAUUGGUGUACAAAGAUUUGAAACUUUAUGCACAAAGGUGGCGAGCUGUCUAAUCAUUCACAUGUAAAGAAGAAGCGAGAACGUGUGAAAAAGUUAAUUUUAAUUUGAGAGCUGAGAUAAAUAGAUUUUAAUGUAUU